AUGGCGGUGGUGGUAUCACCAUUAACAAAGUACAAGCUGGUGUUUUUGGGGGAUCAAUCCGUCGGCAAAACCAGCAUUAUCACCCGCUUCAUGUAUGACAAAUUUGACACCACCUAUCAGGCAACAAUUGGCAUAGACUUUUUGUCGAAGACGAUGUACCUCGAAGAUAGAACGAUUCGAUUGCAACUUUGGGAUACCGCUGGACAAGAAAGAUUUAGGAGUCUUAUCCCGAGCUAUAUUCGAGAUUCUUCUGUGGCAGUAAUCGUCUAUGAUGUUGCUAAUCGACAAUCGUUCUUGAACACAAUGAAGUGGACCGAGGAAGUAAGAACGGAACGUGGUCGUGAUGUUAUUAUUGUUCUCGUGGGAAACAAAACCGACAUUGUCGACAAAAGACAAGUUUCAAGUGAAGAAGGAGAUCAUAAGGCUCGUGAGCUUGGAGUAAUAUUUAUUGAAACAAGUGCUAAAGCUGGUUUCAAUAUUAAGCCUCUAUUCCGAAAAAUAGCAGGUGCACUACCUGGAAUGGAAAUUCUUUCACCAAGAAAACAAGAAGGCAUGGUUGAUGUAGAUUUGAAGCCUGCUUCAAACACCUACUCGAAUGAACAACAACCAGGAAGCUGCGCAUGUUAG